AUGGCAGACACUCCUCAAACUGACCACCAAGAGCAGAAAGCUCUCACAUCUUCAUCAAAUACCCCUCAUACUGGCACUCCUAUAGUGCCACUCCCACAAGGUAGCUCAAAUCCACGAACCUCCCAAAAAGUGUCAGAUGCUAUUCGUACAUAUCGACCUACCAAGAGGUUCAAGCUUUCAAAGCACGAGAACUCGCAUAUUACCUCUCUCGAUUUCGACGACAAGGGUGAAUUCGUGGUUACAGCAUGUGAAGAUGAAACAAUCCAAAUCUACGAUGUAAUCGAGGGCAAGAAUACCAAGAUCGUUCCUAGCAAGAAAUACGGUGCUCAUCUAGCUCGCUUUACACACCACCAACGCCAGGUACUUCAUGCCAGUACCAAAGUGGAUAACUCCCUUCGUCUACUCGACCUACAUCAGGAGAGUUACCUUCGAUAUUUCACUGGUCAUACGGACAAAGUUACGUGCUUGUCGUUGUCACCUGCAAACGAUGCCUUUGUCUCGUGCUCAAGGGACAAUACGAUCUCACUUUGGGACCUCAAAUCGCGGAAUGUGCAGGGCAAACUAGAACUCGCAACUCCAUACCUCGUUGCAUUUGAUCCAUCAGCUUCAGUCAUUGCCAUUGCAUCUCAAUCGACUUCUUCAGUGCUACUUUAUGAUUUCCGUAACUACGAUAAAGCGCCCUUCGCAACAUUUGACCUGGCGCCUCUAGAAGAGCGGUACACCCCCACUACCCGUGGACGACUAUGGUCACGACUCGAAUUCUCCAAUGAUGGUAAAAACCUUCUAGUCGGCACAGAUUAUCAUGGGCAUUUUGUGCUCGAUGCAUUUGAAGGUCAUCUGAACGCCUUUUUGGUCGGCAAGAAUGGAUCCAGUGGUAGAGCGGCCCCCGUCUCAAGUUCGGGACGACCUCUAGGCCAAGGAGACGCAUGUUUCAGUCAGGACGGCCGCUUUGUGCUCGGUGGAGCAGGCGACAAGAAUGAAGUACUCGUCUGGGACACUAACCAGAACCCAGAUUCUAACAAGUACUUGCAGCCGAUGACCAGCCUAUCUUCCAGAGGCCGCACUGCAGUUAUCGAAAUCAACCCUCGAUACAAUAUGCUGGCCACCGCAGACAAAGAUAUUCUGUUCUGGCUGCCGGACGACGCGCCCAAGAAUCUUUAG